AUGGGGCUUUACGGUCGGUUUCGUUUUGCCAGAAAACCUAUUGCAGUUAUAGAUUUGUUUGUUGUUAUCGCUUCCACGCUUAUGAUCGCAUUUGCUAAUGACAAACAAGCAUUCGCAGCGUCCGCAAUAAGAGGCGUUAGAUUUCUUCAGAUUUUACGAGUGUUACAUGUUGAUCGUCAUGGUGGUACGUGGCGAUUACUUGGAAGUGUUGUUUACAUUCACAGACAAGAGUUAAUCACAACAUUAUAUAUUGGUUUUUUGGCUCUAAUAUUUUGUUCUUAUCUCGUGUAUAUAGCAGAAAAAGAUGAAAAAAAAGGAUCUGAAAUGCGAGGCGUCAAAGGCAACGAGAGUCAUUUUGAAAGCUAUGCUGAUGCGUUAUGGUGGGGAGUUAUCACCAUAACAACAAUUGGGUACGGUGAUGUCUAUCCUGUCACAUGUCGUCAGAUUCCCGCAGCAGCAACUUUGAUACAAGCAGCUUGGCGAGUAUACUCGUCUGCUCCAGGUAGCAAUUGUGUUGCAACAUGGAAUAUUUAUCUGCGCGAGAAUCCUACUGUUACCAAUCCACCGUUAACACCAAAUAAUCAUACAUUUGCCGGAAGAACAGCAGAGAAAUUAAGAUAUUUACGCUUAUCUGGUACGAGCCGAAAGAGUCGAUCGAAACGUGGAAGUCAAGCUCCAAGUCCAAACUUUUUACAAUCACCAGUUAUAAGCGAAGCACGUGGUUCCACAUCAUCAGCGUCCAAUACCACAGGGUGCUAUAUUGUAUCUACUGAUCAUGAGGAAGAAGAAGAACAGGAAGCUGAAGAAGAAACAGCAUUAAACUUCCAUAAACUAUGGUCAUUAACAGAUGAUCAUAAACGAAUGAUUCGAGCCAUUAGAAAAAUGCAACUCAUUGUAGCCAGAAAGCGAUUUCAGCAAGCCCGAAAGCCAUAUGAUGUGCGUGAUGUGCUUGAACAGUAUUCACAUGGACAUAUUAACAUGAUGAUGAGAAUAAAAGAGUUGCAACGAAGAUUAGAACAUUCAAUUGGUAAACAACCACCAAUCAUCGGUAGUGAAACAUCUGAAAGAGAUCGAUCAAAACUAACAGUAUUAUCUCGAAUGACUCGAAUAGAAACUAAUGUGAUAGAAAUGGGCCAUACGUUACAAAAUAUUGUCCAUCUUCUUCAAACUAUUGAUGAAAAAUUAAAUCGAACACCACCGCCUCUAAUGACGACAACAUAUGGACGUACGAGACCUCCAAAUUUAGGUGUCACAUCUACAUCGAAUACAUCAGGAACAAUAUGUGAUUGUGGAGUGAAAGCGCCAGUUGAAUCAUUUCGAAAUGUAUUUGAAUUGGAAGGUAUUGAUGUGACAGAUGAUGAAAUUCGAUUGCCAAUGGGUGUGCAUAAGCGAGUUCAUAUCGAGAAAAUGUUACAAAUGCCCUCAAUUAAACAGCGUUGGUUAAGUAAAAACAAUAAAAUUCCAAUAAACUCUGAUUUAGAACGAAUGUAUAGUAAAUUUACUCCGAUUCAAAUUGAAAAUAUGAAAAAAUAUUCAAAACUUAUUGAUGGUUUCGUUGAAACUGUCCACUAUUUAAAACGUUUGAAUAUUAAAAUUGGUUCUACAACAGGUUAUACACGUCCAAUGUUAAAUUCAUUGUUACCGUUGGUAGAAAAACAAGGAUUUAUACCUGAUUAUAGCGUGUGCUCAGAUGAAGUAAAUGUUGCUCGACCUUUUCCAUCUAUGAUUUGGAAAAAUUGUCUUGAAUUAACAGUGGAACAUAUUAAAAGUGUUAUUAAAGUGGAUGACACUCGUGACGGGAUACAAGAAGGAAGAAGAUCAGGAUGUUGGACCGUUGGUGUGGCAAAAACCGGAAAUUAUGUGGGUUUAAGUGAAGAAGAACUUAGUCAAUCAGAUGUAAAGCUUACAGCAAAAGUGAACAAGGCAUAUGAAGAAUUAUUUGAUAGUGGUGCACAUUAUGUGAUUGAUAGCGUUAAACAUUUACCGUCCGUCCUUGAAGAUAUUAAUAAACGCCUUAAAAAUGAUGGAUUGAACUGA